AGCAUCAAUCUGUAUGUGAUAAGUUCCGAAUAUCAGGAUGAUCUAUGCAACCUUUCAAAUUGGCUCAAAGGAUUUACAUAAAUAUCUUCCCUGUGUGGACAGGUAUGUCUCCAGCCCUGGUGAAACCACACCCAGCCGACUUCGCCGACCAUAAUAGCCGAAGCUUACUUUACGACGGACCUCAACAAAAUCACCUCAACAUAUCGGACAUUGUGGUUAGUAAGGAGAGAAAUCUCAAGCAGGUACUUGGGAAGUUACAAAUAAGCAACGACGUAACGAUAUAGCAACUAUGACUUUAGCAAUCGUUGGUAUGGACCACAUACUGCAUGGUAUGUUUUAUGCCCAUUAUUUCUCUGCCAUUUUGAUCUUUGGUUGACAAAUUCCCAGGCACGCACGAGCUGCUCCUUGCAGUUCCGCAGCUCAUACGUCCGAUUCUACUCACAUUUACCCUCUUUUUUACAGUGUGUAUAUUUAUGUGUGGAGUUGCAUAUAUGCUCAUAGCCAUGAGAUCAAGUUUGUCGAUGAUGGUCAACGAUUCGGAUGGCCUGUGUUCGAGAUGGAUGAAGAAGUUUGUCGCUAGCGAUGAAUUUAUUGGAAUUGGGGUGUUGGGUUAUGUCCUUAUUGUCGCAUUUGUGGUGGGUAGGGCAUUGGAUUUGGUGCUUGGAAUUUGUUGGUGAGAGUAUGUGGGAUGAAAUGGAAGGGAAAGUGCUGGGGUGGAGACUAGGAGGUUGUGAGGCCAGUGUGUUUGAAGAGCUGUGAGAUAUGAGUCUGCAUCUCAUAAAAAUAUGUGGAAAAGAGAAACAAUGGGUGAGAAGAGGUAGUGAAAUAGUACUCGGGUAUCGGUGGGACACAGGAACGUAUUAAUAGCAAAGCGCCAAGUUACUCCCACCGCCGUGCUAAUAAUAUCUGUGAACGAGCACCAAAAUCUUCG